UCAGAAACAAUUAUUAUUUACCUUCUCUCUCUCUCGCUGUUUUUUCCCUUGGAAGAACUUUAAAUCGGUCCACUCCUUCCUUCCCCAAGAUUUGAAAGAGAUGCCACUGUGCGUCUGCGGCUGACUGUGAGCACCCUCAGUUACCUGUUACCUUUCAGUUCUCCACGUUUCGACCUUCUCCUCGCUCUUCUCCAUACAUUUCCAGCUUCAGCGGCGGAAGGUCCAUCGGAUCCCAUGCCAUUGAAGAGGAGCGAGGAAGGUGGAGGAGGUGAGGGGAGACAGAGGAAUUAAUUGAGCUUUUAAGAAGCCGAGGUGUGAGCGUACUGGGGAAUGGGGAUGGUAAUUAAUAUCGGGGAGUGGCAGUGGUAAAACGAGGGACGAUGAGCGACCACACCCAUUGCUCUGUUUUUCCCUUUCGCUGCUACUGAGUGAAUGAGUCACGUGAAGGCAGACCCGUGCUUUGAGGACGACGGGCUCGCUCACUUCCGAGUUCCGCCUCCCGCCGACAGCGCAGCCUCUCGAUCUCGCGCGUCAAUGUCCAAAGAUCUCAGCUUUCUGUUUCUGGCGGGUGCAAUGUGAUUCAGAAAGCCACUCCUCCUCCUGCUCGGCCUUCCUGCGGCGGCCUUCUGAUGAAGGCUACCCCGUUUGCAACUCCAAUGUGCAGUUUUUACCUGUGUUUCUUCUUCUUCUUCCUCUGCUUCUCGACCUCGUUUGCCGCCAAUGUGCCGAACGGCGGCGACGUUGCCGCGCUCUUGACCUUGAAGAACUCUAUAGAUCCUCAGGGCUCCCUGCCAUGGCGGCGGGAGACCGCAUCGGGGCUCUGCGGCGGGUGGAAUGGAGUGAAGCAGUGCAACCCUGGCGGUAGAGUGACAAAGCUCGUGCUCGAGUUCCUCAACCUCACCGGGACCAUGAGCCGGGACCUCCUUGCUCCUCUCGACCAGCUUCGCGUUCUCAGUUUCAAGUCCAACUCGCUCUCCGGUGCCAUUCCCGACCUUUCCCCCCUCGUCAACCUCAAAUCUCUCUACCUCAGCGAAAACCAGUUCUCCGGCCAGAUUCCAGCCAAUCUCGACGUGCUACACCGCCUGAAGGUGAUUGCCCUCUCUGGAAAUCUCCUUUCUGGCCCAAUCCCGGUGUCUCUCGUCAGCCUCCCGCGGUUGUAUGAGCUCAUGCUCGAGGAUAAUCGCCUCACGGGGCAAAUCCCGGCAUUCAACCAACCCAGUCUUCGAUACCUCAACGUCUCCGGGAACGACCUCUCCGGCGAGAUCCCCGCCACCAGAGCCCUUUCACAGUUCAAUGCUUCCUCUUUCCACGACAAUGCAAACCUCUGCGGGGCUCAAAUUGGGGUUCCCUGCACUAAAAAAUUGAUCUUUCCGCCGUCUUCCAUCAGCCCGGGAUCGUCUUUGGAUCAUGUAAAUGCCUUCCCACCUUUCCUGCCUCCCACCGGCAGCAACCACAGCAGGAGGCGGGCCAUUGCCAUCGUCGCCGGGUCUGUCGCGGGGGCUCUCUUCUUGUCAAUUUGCUUGGCCCUCGCGUUGCUUUGGUUCUGCAAUAGGAACCGGAGGCGGCCGGUGGUUGAGACCCGAUCAGUCGGUUACGAAUCAGGUGCUGGCCGCAACAAGCCAGAUGAAGAAGGCGGGGCAGCCGUCGGCGGGAGUGGAAGAGGAAGAGGAGACAAGGGCGGUUUCUCGUGGGAAGCGGAGGGGCUCGGAAAGCUCGUAUUCUGCGGCGCUGUCGGUGAGAUGUACAGUCUGGAGGAGCUAUUGCGGGCUUCGGCGGAGACGCUGGGGCGGGGGACGGUCGGAAGCACCUACAAGGCGGUGAUGGAGUCCGGAUUCAUCGUGACGGUGAAGCGUCUCAAGGAUGCCUCCCGCCCGCCCCCAGAGGAGUUCGGGCGGCGCAUGGAGGAGCUCGGCCGUCUGCGCCACCCCAACCUCGUCCCCCUUCGCGCUUACUUCCAGGCCAAAGAGGAGCGUCUCCUCGUCUACGACUACUUCCCCAACGGCAGUCUCUUCUCCCUCAUUCAUGGGUCGCGGCCAUCGGGGAGCGGGAAGCCGCUUCAUUGGACGUCGUGUUUGAAGAUUGCGGAGGACGUGGCAAGUGGGUUGGCCUUCUUGCACCAGACUAGCCCAGUAACGGUCCAUGCGAACCUGAAGCCCGCUAACGUGCUCCUCGGCCCAGAUUUCGAGUCUUGCCUUGCGGACUACGCCCUGAUCCCGACCCUGCUCCUCCACGACGACGCCUUCCCUUCGUCGUCCUCCGCCGCAGCCGCCUCCUCCUCCUCCCUCUUCUACCGCGCCCCCGAGGCACGACGCUUGCAGUCCUUCACCCCGCUCUCCGACGUCUACAGCUUCGGCGUUCUCCUCCUGGAGCUCCUCACCGGGAAGGCGCCCUUCCAGGACCUCCUCGAGGAGCCCGGCGGCGACGUCACUCGCUGGGUCCGAUCCGUGCGCGCCGAGGAGCGGAAUGACUCCGGGGAGGAGGCCGGCGGGGGAUCCUCGUCCGGGAACGAGGCGGCGACGGCGGCGGCUGCGGCGACGGCGGCGGCUGCCGCGACGGCGGCGGCUGCCGCGACGGCGGAGGAGAAGCUGACCGCGCUGCUGAACAUCGCGGCGGCGUGCGUGGCGGUGGAGGCGGAGAGGAGGCCGGCGAUGCGGGAGGUGCUGCGGAUGAUACGGGAGGCGAGGGCGGAGGCGAUGGUCGCGUCGUCCAACAGCAGCGACCACUCGCCUGGCCGGUGGUCGGGCACGGUGCAGAGCCUGCCGAGGGAGUACGGAUCGGAGGGGUUCACGGAGAGGGAUUAGAUCCGAAUAAUCAGCUUCUCGCCGGCGAUCGAUCGGCGGGUUGAGUGGCGUGUGAAUUGAAUUUGUUGAGAUUUAGUCGUGGUCAUAAAAGGAGAAUUAAUUUGUUUUCUCAGAGUGAUCGAACGACUUCUGCCAUGUUUUUAAGUUUUCUGUUUCAUUUUCUGAAUGGCUCGAUAUGUACGAAGACAACUCUCUCCGAAGAUAACAAAUAAAAAGCCUCGUGAAUUUAUAAUGAA